GCAGUUAUUUCACCUGGAAGCCAUUUCCGUUGGAGAAAAUUUCCGGUGAUCUUUUUUUUUCUGUUGACUUCAGCAAGUUGUAUUGAAAUUAAUCGAAUCUGGUCGCAGUCUUUGUUUAUCCGGAUCGCUUCCUCUCUGAUUUAUGUUGUUAUAAGGGUAUGAAACGUGCUAUUUCUGCAAUUAUGGAAGCAAAUCAAAUAGAAGAUGAGGAGAAAUCAAAAUCUCCACUCAACCCUGAUGAAGUUGCUGCAAUUGCUGCUAUCAGUGAUGAAGUUGUUCUUGAAGAAGAAAUCAUCCAUGAACAUCCACCUCCCCAGUACCAGAAUUUAGUAAUUCAACAUAUGGACAUUGCCGAACCUCUUUCUACACUUAAACGACUUCUUGAAAUCCGCUUGCAGUGUUCUCUUGCAGAACAUAGUUUUUACCUCCAAGACACAAUUUUGUUGGACAGCAGCAAAAGUUUAGUGGAGCAAUGUGUUCAAGGAGAAGGAAUGGUUCAAAUUAACCUUGAGGUGAAAUCACAACCAGGUACAAAACCCAAAAUCAAUAUUUUGGAUAUCUUAAAACCUGCUGAAGAAGUACUUCCACCUCCCAGUUUGCCAGAACCGACUCAGAUAGUUCAGCAACCACAGGCCACAAAAGUGGUUAUUCCAUUGCCAGAAGAAUCUGAAAAUGUUACAAGAUGGAUUGUUGAUCAAAAUUUCAGGAAAGAACAAGAAAGACUUAAGAUACCCCGUGAUCCUGCUCAGUGGUCAGAAGUUCAUGUCCGUCAUUGGAUACAGUGGGCGUGCAGAGAAUUUCAUUUAGAAGGAGUAGACAUCAACCAGUUUCGACUAAAUGGCAAACAGUUGUGUGAUUUACAGCACGAAGAAUUUAUUAAAUACAUACCAUUUGAUAGAAACGAUAUAUUUUGGACACAUUUGGAGCUUCUAAGGAAAUGUAAAUUUGUUGCUGUUCUCCAACAACCAACUCCACAUGCUAUUACCACUAUAACAGUUUCAACAUCAGAUGGUCAUUCAGGUGGAAAAAUUCUUAGUAAGACGCCACGACCUCGAUUAACUAGGAUUACAGGUGAGGAAAGAAUUACACCUGGUAAUAGAACAGGCAACAACGGUCAAAUUCAAUUAUGGCAGUUCUUAUUGGAGCUAUUAACUGACAAGGAAUACCGAGAGAUUAUCCAGUGGGUUGGAGAUGAUGGAGAAUUCAAAUUACACAAUCCUGAGAUGGUGGCUCAGCUGUGGGGCCAGCGUAAAAACAAACCAACCAUGAACUAUGAGAAACUAAGUCGUGCUCUACGGUACUAUUAUGAUGGAGACAUGAUAGCAAAGGUUCAUGGGAAACGAUUUGUAUACAAAUUUGUGUGUGACCUCAAGAUGUUGCUUGGCUAUUCAUCACAUGAGCUCAGCAAAUUGGUGCCUACAAACUGUGAUAAAAAGGUACAACACAUCGAAAUAUUGCCACAAUGCGUUGAAAAAAAAGUACAACACAUUACAGACAAGCCUCUAUUGGCAACUAUCACAAUGAAACGGGUUGACCAAAAAACACAGACAGUUUAGCCCCAGUGUGACAGGGCAAUCUGUAAAUGGAGGACAUAUAUAUCACAGACACAUUUAUUUCAGACUCUAUGGAAAUAUUUUGGUUGUUCUGUCUUGGAGGAGGUUCUUUAUUUUUAAUUUCUUUUCAAUUUAGUUUUAUACAAAAGUGAAACUACAACUGUGUUGUUGAAAUACACUAAAAUCAAGUCAUUUCAAUCAAACUAUAACCCUCCCUCAUUCUCUCUUUUCCUCACCCCAUUUUCAUGCAUGGCGCCCCGAUCCCCACCUCUAAAAUUCAUUUUUUUUUUUUUCUCGUAAAAAAAAAAUUCACAUUCCCUUCUCUACUAAGGAAUUCCAGUUUGACUAACCACCAAUACUUGACAACAUUCUCUUCUAAUAACAUUACUACAAAGGCUGCAGCAAUUGAUGCAGUCCUGCACAUCAAAGAAAGACUGAAAAAAAAAAUGUUUAUUCAGAUGCAAGAUUUUUUUUUACAUUUUUCUCUCAAAAGCCCCCAAAUUUUUUUUGUUUUUUUUUUUUAAUAUUGUUCUAUAUAUAUAUAUAUAUAUAUAUAUAUAUAUAUAUAUAUAUAUAUAUAUAUGUAUGUAUAUGUAUGUAUGUAUGUAUAUGUAUGUAUAUAUGUAUAUGUAUGUAUGUAUAUAUAUAUGUAUGAAAAAAAUAUAUAUAUAUACACACACACACAUGUAUGUAUAUAUAAACACAUCAAUAAACUUUAAGUUGAGAGAAAGACACAAAUCUAAGGAGACGAAGAUUUUGUUUUUGAUUGACUUCUAAUGUAUAAAGUUUUAAAUUGCAUUUUUUUUUUAAAUAAUAAAUAUACUUUGAUAAGUUUGCUUCCCCAUCUCUUCAUAUAAAGUUAAUAGCUGAAAGCUUGUUGAUGACAUCUCUAUCUCUUAUAUCUCUCUUUUUCUCUCCGAAUAUUUUUUUAUCAAUGCAAGUCUUUCAUUAAGCUAUAAUAUUUAACGCUGACAGAUCAGGAACACAUCAGAUCUGUGCAAUAUAAAAAAAAAUACAUAAAUAAAUAGAUCUGAUCACGAGAUAAUAGUUGAGGUAUUAGCUUACUCUAAAGUUAGACGACUCCUUAAUGAAAUGUUAGGAGAACAUUUUGAUGAUAUAUAUAUAUAUAUAUAUAAAAUGUGUGUGUGUGUAUACAUGUGUGUGUCUGUGUGUUAUAUCUAAUCAAUUAAAAUAGUUUUUUAAUUGAAUAACUAUGAAUAUUGAAGUAAUGAGUGAGCAAUUUAAGGCAAGACAUGAUGUCUAGCUGUAAGAACAGAUUUAAUAGCAUUCAAAUCUUUAUCAAAAAGAUUACUAUACUUUUUGUCUGCUGUUUUUGUCUUUUAUCUCUUGUAAAUUCUAUAUUUACACUGAAUCACUUGUGUAAAUGUGGUUCUUUCAUAAAAAUAUCAGUUUUUUUUUACAUUUGCUUUUCACAUUGAGUAUGACAUUCACUAUACUUUUGUAAUAAUACCUGUUGAUUGACUUAAAUCUUUUAAGCUUAAUGGAAGUAUUUUUCUUCAGUUCAUCAAACAUGACAUUGGUUUUCUUCUGAUAUUUCUUGGAAAAAUCGAUAAAAUAUUUUAUAGUUUCAAGGGGGAGGGAAAAUGAUUAAAAAGAAUUUAAAAUUUAAUUCUUCUUUAGUCUGUCAUGACUUUAUCUUCUGAAGAUACGAAAUUAUAAUUUAAAAUAAUGUCAGUUGAAAUACUCAAUAAGUUUUCUCUUUUUCAGUUCAAAUUAACAUUUUGGUAUUUCUUAAAGAAAUAUUUUUUCUUCCAAAAAUUUUUUUUAAAUUAAAAAAAAAACAACAAACACACCCCUCCUUGCCUCCCCUUUUUCUCUUCUCUUCACUCAUAUUCAUUCUCAUUUCAUAUUUAUCAGAAAAGAUUGCAUAAAUUUUAAUCAUGAAUAUUAAAAUUUUUUAAACUAC